CCAUGGUUGAGACCCGUAGUGGAAUAAGCACUAGCCCCUAUACCCAGGAGCAACAAGAGAAGAUGACUGCUUUAGUGAGAGAAAAUAAGGAGAGGAAAGAGAUUAUGAAGCAGGCGAAAUUAAAAUCAAUCGCAGAGGAGCAGGCGGCAAAGAUGAAGACAUUGGAAGAAGAGAUGGAGGAGAAGAAAAAGGUUGCCGAGGUAGAAGCCGCAGCAGAAGCAGAAGAGGAGAGAAAACGCAAGGAAGUAAAUGGGGAGAGUAGUGGCACGACGAAUGAGGAGGCAGCGAUGGAGAAGAAAAUUAGUGAGUUGAUUGCUAACUUAUCGUUGGGGAAAAACGAGGAGGCAGAGAUGUAUGUGCCACAGGAUGAGAGGGACGCGUUAACCAAGGAGCUCGCAGCAAUCGAGAACCCCCUGGAACGGCGAGAAACAGAGGAGGAGAAAAAGUUGGAGUGGAAACUGAGGAUGAAAAGGGAAAAGAAGAGGAGGGAGGAAGUUAAUAGGUUGACCGCGGAGGUGGCCAAGGUCAGAGACUGCAGACGAGAGGUGCAGGCGCAGGAAGAUAUUUCUUCCAAAAUGGAUAAGAUGUUGGGGUACUUCGAAGUGUUAAGCGAGGCGUGGAUGGAGGAGCGCUAAGCUAACUGGGUUCACGAUGUGGCCCUGAGUGCCAUGCGGUCAGGAUUUCGAGACUUUGCGCGCG